AUGUGGGUUGAUCAACAAAACAACCAACUUGAGGAAGAAGAAAAUGCAACAAUGGAACAAGAAAGAAGACUAAUGUCAUGUGAAACAAAACAGGAAUUUCUGCGGCUGUGUACUCUUGUUAUUCUCCAACACCUACUACUCCACAACUUCACUCUCCUUGCCACAAGUUUUGCUUUUCUGUUUGUCAUUCAUCAACUGGUUCCGAUCAUUCAUUAUCAAUUUAACUCAACCGGGCUAUGUUGA